CUUGCAGCUUUACUCCAGCGGAAUGAGUCGCUCCUCCGCGCAUGCGCCCUGGCACCUGUCAUCUCAGGGGUAUUCUCUCUCUUUCGCUCCGUUUCUGUCUCGUGCGAGACAGAGACCAGCACGCGGCUGAGGCUUUGAGAGCUCGCGCGCGCUGUCCCGGCUCCCCUGGACGGUUGGCAUUUUGUUGGAUUUUGUUGUCUAUUUCGCUUGGGAUUUUUAUGUAUUUCUAUUUGUGGCGGACUACCACACAGUGGUAAGCCCAGGAUCCAUCCCUGUCAAAACACUGUAACUCCAGACCGACUUUAGAGGAAAGCACACUAACGGGAGGACAAAAAAAAAAAGAAACCAAAGUGUUUGGAGCCGUGGCCCGUACCGACACAAACAGGCACAUGAGGAGCAGAAGCGGCGUGUCACCCACAUCCUGACGAGCAAGCUUGCUUCUGGACCCCCCCACCCCAGCCACCCGCCCACCUCCAGAAGUGGGCAGUAAGGACACAAGCGACGACUCCUCCUGCAGACAUGAGGUCCUUCCGUUCCUUCAGUAACGAUGACCGCCACGUAAUGGCGAAGCACUCCACCAUUUACCCUUCGUCUCAGGAGCUAGAGGCUGUUCAGACGCUGGUGUCCACUGUCGAGUGUGCCCUCAAACACGUCUCUGAUUGGCUGGAUCAAAGCAGCAGCAACACCCAGAACCAGUUUGACAGCCAACCAGAAGACAGCACAGAGGAAGACGACCCUGGCGUUGUUGAGCCCAGCGAAGCAGCUGAGGAAGCCGCUGAAGGCUACAGAGAGUCCAGCAGCAGUGGGCUGCUGUGUGGAGUGAUGAGGAUCGGUCUCGUGGCCAAAGGGCUCCUGAUCAAAGGCGACAUGGACCUGGAGCUGGUGCUGAUGUGCAGAGACAAGCCCACAGCAGCGCUGCUGGACACCGUCUGUCAGAAUCUGCCCACACAGAUCCAGAAGCUGACAGAGGAGAAAUAUGAGGUCACAAGCUCCUUGCCAGAAGCAGCCAUCUUGGUAAAAACCACAACAGAGCCCAAACUCACACUGAAGGUUACCCUCACUUCACCGGCGAUGAGGGAAGAUGACGAUGAAGAGGAGGAGGAGGAAGAGGAAGAGGAGGAAGAAGAGCUGGAGAACGGAGAGGAAGUCGGGGAGACAGUGGAGGAAGUGAAGGAGGAAAAGGAUGAACAUGAAAUAGAAAAUGGUCAAGUGUUGGGUGCUGCUGCGCAGAAAGUGGAGGCUGAGGAGGAGGAGGAGGAGGAGGGGGAGGUGCUGGAUAGACACAGAUGUCUCCUGGCCCUGGCAGCCCUGCGACACGCCAAGUGGUUCCAGGCUCGAGUGAACGGACUCAAGUCCUGUGUUAUCGUUCUCAGGAUACUUAGAGACAUGUGCAAUAGACACCCCAUCUGGGAACCUCUCAAAGGAUGGCCCUUAGAGCUAAUAUGUGAGAAAGCUAUUGCCACCUGCAACCGACCCCUGGGUGCAGGAGAAGCUCUGCGUCGAGUCAUGGAGUGUCUGGCCUCUGGCAUACUCCUACCAGGUGGCCCCGGCUUACAUGACCCAUGCGAGAAAGAGCCUACAGACACUCUAGCCAACAUGAACGACCAACAGGCCGAGGCUAUUACCUGCAGUGCACAGCAUUCUCUCAGACUCAUGGCGUUCGGACAAAUCUACAAGGUGCUGGAGAUGGAGCCUCUUCCUUCCAACAAACCAUCACAGAAAUAUCCCUGGUCUGAUAAAGAAGGUUUGGGGAUGAAGAGGCCUUAUGAGGACGGAGCCAUGGAUGACAAAGACCUCAUCAAGAAGAUGAAAAGAAACCUCAGAAAAGUUCUCGACAGUAAGGCCAUCGACUCCAACCAGCCAAUGAACGCUCUGAUGCGCUUGAACCAGAUCCGGCCGGGUCUGCAGUAUCGCCUGCUGUCCCAGUCGGGGCCAGUUCACGCUCCCGUGUUCACCAUGUCUGUGGACGUGGAUGGAAGCAACUAUGAAGCGUCCGGAUCCUCCAAAAAGACCGCCAAGCUUCAUGUCGCCGUCAAGGUUCUUCAGGCGAUGGGAUACCCGACAGGUUUCGACUCAGAUCUGGACCCCAUGAGCUCCGAUGAGAAGUCAGACGGCGAGGGGAAGAGCGACACGUCUUCACACACGAGCAAUAACCCAGCACACUCUCUGGACGGCUCCAACACGCUGGAGGUACGAACUCAGGGUCCCAUACUGACGGCGAGCGGGAAGAACCCCGUCAUGGAGUUAAACGAGAAAAGACGAGGCCUCAAAUACGAGCUCAUCUCUGAGAGCGGAGGAAGCCACGACAAACGCUUUGUGAUGGAGGUGGAGGUUGAUGGGCAGAAGUUUCGUGGGGCAGGCCCCAAUAAAAAGGUAGCAAAAGCUAGCGCUGCUUUAGCGGCUCUGGAAAAGCUCUUCUCCGGUCCCAACGCAGCCGCAAACAAGAAGAAGAAAAUCUUGCCUCAGACUAAAGGAGCUCUGGCUGCAGCAGCAGCAGCCUCAGCAGUAGCAGCCCAGGUAGCCAGAGGAAGAGGAAGAGCAGCGCUAGCAAGAGGAGCCUUCGUCAGCGCAGCUGCUCCUGGAUACGUCACACCAGGUUUCGGGACGCCGUACGGUUACAGCCCUGCUGCAGCAGCUGCUCCUGCAUAUGGCGGUCUGUUUAUUGACAAUCCUUUCUACCAGCCACGUACCAUCGCUCCUUUCAUCAUCCAUCUGGGUCCGCAGGAUCUCUUUUCUGACUUCUAAAGGCCGCCGUCUGGCGGACGCUCCUCACACUUAACCUGUUUGCAUAGGCAGGACAGCCGGCUGCAGGCGGGCCCCUUUUUCCCUUCACCCGUCCUUCCAAGCGGGACGCCUUUCUAUCCAGACUGCCGGAUUGGCUCACCGAUUCAGUUUCGCUUGGAUUACCCCCCCCCCCCCAGAUAAACUUAUCUGACCUUCUGACCGGAGCUCAGCUCGCACUUCUCUCUGGCGAGAUGACCGUCCUCCGAAGGGAGCAACUUUACAAAAGCAAUACUCGGGAUUUUACGAGGAACGCUCAGCUGGGGUUCUGCAAGAACAGGCUGAGCUUUAGUCUUUCUUAUAGCAAUACACCUGAACUGGUCUCUUUGAGCUCCUUUACUUGAGAAGAUGUGAAUGUCCAACAAAGUUUAUCUCAAACAGCGCAUUGCAAUAGUUAAUUAUGAUUGUAUAUUCCCUGUAUGUGUGUAUGUGUUGCUACAAUAUGACUAUAUACCUAAAUACGGUGUAUUUCUAUAACGUGUUAAUUAUAUAUGAUGAUGUACUUAUGUAAAUAGCCUAUAAAGUAUAACUAUUGUUGUUACAAAUUAUUUUAAAUGAUGAAUUGAUAUGUAACUGUUAUAUCACAGUAUAGCUUUCUUCCAAUUUUCUAUACACUGAGCAAUUGAAGCUAGUUCUAGAUGAUGCAAUAUUAUCUUUGGUAUUCAUAUUAACCUGUGCUCGUGAAUAUUAAUGCUUCCUUCCUUCUUUCCUUCCUCCUCUUCCCUCUUGUCUUUGAUGUCCUUCUGAGCACGCUCUCUGCUUCCCGGGGCUCGUUUUGGCAGCCCAGAACCAGAUCUCCUCAUGCCCCAUCCCACUUUCUCCUGUCACAAAAGCACAUUUUCUAUAAGCUUCACUGCUGGCAGGGAAAACUCUUCUUACAAGGUCUGUGUGUUUUAGCGUGUAUGAUCUGUAACCCCGCCCCCCCACGGUUAAUGGACACCCAGCUAUCAGCCGUCAUCUUUCCCAUCCUGCUUGCCUUAUACGCCGUCCACAUCUACAGCUUUUCUGCUUUUCACACACACAUUUCUACAAACAGCACAAUCUAUUGGUUAUACAUGCAGAGAGCCAGACAGGCCUGGUGGAGGAGGAGGAGGAGGAGGGACUGACUUCAGAUUCUGAGCAGUUAUGAUGCUUUCAAGCUCGGAUUAAAAGAUUGAGGCCCAAUCCCUCAUCUUGGCCCCGCGAUGCCUUACCUAAUUUCAAAUACUGCAGCGGUUCUUGCAGGUUUACACUGUUCCGUGCACGGCACACGCUGAAUGUACGUCGUACCGGACGCGUCCAGGAUGCCAGUAAGCGCUAAUCUGAUUAAUGUUUUGAUUGUAUUUGGCGAUAUCAGCAGAAGCUGGUCUGCAGCCUCGACGUAUCUCCCUGAAAGCUCUCACAUUUCCAUCCUUUUAGCAGAGGCGAGAUGUCAGUCAGGAGAGGCGCGAUCGAACGGGCCGCGCCUCCGAAAGGCUUUGAUUCUCCUGGUACUCGACUCGGUCUGAGCGCCAGCUUGAUCUGCGGAGCUUUGAUUCAGCCGGAGUGACAUCCGAGAAAGAGGCGGCAGACGCCUUCAGACUCCAUAUUCCUGAAGCAAAAAGCAAACGCGAGUUUGAUUUCUGUGACACUGAUGAGCCGAUAUCAGAUGAUGAAUUGUUGCAGCACUCUUUGAGAAGCUGAAUUUGAUGUGCAAAAUAUUGAAACAGCCUCCAUUACAUAGUUAUUACACCAUCUGACAUUUUUAUGUAGGGAAAGCACGCGCCAGUUAAUAGUAGAUAUUUCUCCUGGUUUUUACCCAACAGGAAAAUAUCCGAAUUUUGACUCUAUUCUAGCGAUAGCGGUGAAUACAGACCUUCUCUUUCAGCUCAGAAUUCCCUCAACAUCCUCUUUUGACCCCCCAUCUCAGAUUAAUAAGACAGACAGUCAGACCUCAGCGAGCAACCUUUUCAUUUCCCUUCAGUCGGAGCAGACAUUCAGAAGGAGUCGCCCUAACGGUUGACCCCGUCACCCCGGUGUGCUGCCGGUAGGAUCGCGUGCAGAAGGCAAGCACGGUCAUUGUGAGGACGCUCUGAUGGGAAUGUGAAGGAUGUCCUUCAUUUUAGAGUUUAUUGAACGAAAUAAUUCCCUUUCAAUCCCCCAAUACUGUUUGAAAUUGAGAAAGAAAACAAUUUUUAUUUAAAAAAAAAAGAAUAAAUUAAGGUGAAAAAGUUAUGUUUGUGGGCAGGAAUUAACCCUAUAACAUCAGAGCUCCAGUGUUUAUGUUCUUUGAUUUACUGUAACUUUUCAGGCAUUAACACGAUCAACAUAAUUCCAGUAGAUUGUAAAGGAGAAAAGCGGCUUUUCUCCUUUACAAUCUACUGGAAUCAUGUUGAUUGUGUUAAUCGUUGUAAAAUAUCAGUAUGUUAAAGAUUUAAGAACCUUCUUUGAGUCAUAAAUUCCGUUUCAACAAUUUUCAAGUCAAAAAACUUUAUUAGUCCACUAGAAGGAUACAGAAAACAAAAUACAUGCAGCAUUUUUAAAAAAGAAAAUUUGUAAUUUUAGUUUGAAGGGCCUCAGUAAGAUCCAAAUCUACAGUUUUGGUUAUUUUACUUUAAUCCAGGUUGAUUUAAUAAUCCUAGGAUUUAUCCAAAUUCCUUCACUACUUAUUGUGGAUUUCCAAAAUUGAGUGUUGAUGCUCAGUAUAUUUAUAAAUAUAGACCACAAUCCAUUGCGUUCAAACAUUUUUUUUAUGUUAAAAAAAAGUCUUUUAAUUGUUUUUUCUCCAGGUUUUCACCAUAAAUAGUAUUUGUAAAAUGUUUAUAUUUAUUAGAUUGUUCUUUUGGGAUAUUGGCCUUCCAAAAAAAAAAAAAAAAAAGUAGUGAGUUACGGUGCUUUGAAAAUCCAGGGCACUAGAUAUUCCCACACAAGAGUUUUAGUAGUUAUGACAGGGGUGGGCAAAACUAUUUAAUCUGACCUGCCAAACUGGAAUAUAAUGAUUUUAUUUCCUUUUAUUAAUGUAAUUUUUCCCUGUAGUUCACAUGUCUCCCACAGAUGGCGCACUACAUAUAAAUUGAACUUUAUUCAGGUGCAGGAAGUUAUUCUACAUUCAUGUAUUGUUGGAAGAUUUGUUGUUUUUCUGAUAUUCAUGUGUGAUUUCCAAGUCGGUUUUCCGAUUUUUCCAAAACCACAUGAACGUAGCAUUUCUCUAAGUUUGAGUUUUUCUCUGAAGGAAAUCAAUCCAUUGGUGAAAACUAGAAAAAAAGCAACAGUUUUUAAAUAAAAACUCAAAAAUCUAAGUAAUUUUCAGUCAAGAUAAAGGCAUGAUUUGUCCAGAUCGUGUGUUAUUUCUUUCUUUUACGAGGUGAAUUACCAAAACAAAUCUUUCCGUCUUUCAAAUUUAACAACCCUUUGUGGCCCACGAUUAAGAAAAUUUGUCCACCCCUGAGUUAGGAAGUAGCGAAGAAAUUCAGGCAUAAUCUUUAAAAAUUGUCCUCACAUUUAGAGGCGUAGAGGAUGUGAUGGUCGGCUUCAGAGAUGCUCUGCUUUUACCUCCUAACCACCAGGAAAGCGUGGAAACGGUCUGGGAACCGCCAUGUGAGGCGUGAUCGACCCUGACAGAAGGGCCCGUGAUCUUCCCAGUUCUCACUCUGCCUCCACAGUUUUCCCAACACUGCCUCGUGGCUUGUGUGGAACAAAAACUUCACCUCUAGAUCUACAAGCACAAAAACAUGAACACAAACAACACACUCACACACUGUACUCAGGGCCACCUGACACACACACCUGAACACAAGUGAGCACACUCCAACCACAUGUGUAUAUGUUUCACAUCCAGGCACAGUGCAUGGCAUUGUGAGCGGUCAGAUGGUGUUUAAGGAUUUGAGCCAUGAGUUGAGGGGAACGCCACUCUAUGUCAUUUUCACAGCGCUUCAUGAGGGGCCGCCUGUAGCAUAAAAAAAAGGGAGCAGUGCUGUCGUCAAAACCCUUCGAUCCCGUUUUGUGUCGAGUAGAGUUGAAAGAAAAGGUUUUCUCAUCUGCAGGGAGGGAUUUAUUCAGACACCAAAGACUAAAUUUCACUCGUGUGAUCAAUCUGCAACCUCAGAGGUGGAACGGAGGACAGGAUCUGAUGACCCCAAAUCUGCUUUUGUGCAAACUGCUGCAGAUUCUGAAGGAAAGCCGUGCUCAGGUUUAGGGUCAGAUGGCGAGGCGGGGGGGCACUAAAUUUGUCCAGAAGCAGCUGGAGAAUAGCUCGAGAAAACACUCAGGAGCUUCAUCAGCGAGUGGACCUGAGGUCUGCGGAGCAGAAAUAGAUCCCGGCUCGCGUUUCAACUGAGGUAGCAAAGUUAACUAGACUUAACUGCUGAACGCAUGGCUUUCUCUGCAUGUGUGUGCAUCUGUGGAGGGCGAGAGGGACGGGGGGUGGGGGGGCGUUCAGCAUCCAUAUGCACACACAUACACACAAUGCUGCAGUUGCACUGAGCAUGUAGUUGCAUAGUUCUUGGUCAUGGUGCACUGAUUGUUGAAGCCCUCCUGAUAACUGAUCAAAAGCAUUUUGGUUGGGAAUGUACACUGUUGCUAUAGUGAUUGUUGAUUAGAAUGUAUUUACUCAUAGAGUAAACGUGCUUUUUUUGUAGAGAAGCAUAUAGACUAAAAUAUAUAUGGUUAAACACAUAUAUAUCUAUAUACACUAUAUAUCUUUUGAGCUGCCUGUCUGUGUGAGGAUUAUUUUGAGUGCAUUUACAUUGUUAAUAUUAUUUCCUUUUUUGUUAUUUUUUUCAAAGAAAAAUUCAUUGAUGCUGUUUUGACAAAAGUAGCUGCUUUUAUGUGUUUUUGCUUUUUCUGUAAAUACUGUUUUUUGUUUUUUUUUAUUUUCGACUAAAGAGGAUUUAAAAGAUACAAUUUUAAGAUGCUGCCUAUUUAUGACAUUUAUGCCGUGAUAUCUGUUCACAGACGCUGCAUUCAUUAUUAAAGUUCUGAAAUGUGUUCGGCCGAGGCCGUUAAAGAGGAACGAUGAAGGUUGUUUUUCCAGCGGCUUCCGUUAUUGUUUGAUCAGCAGCAACAGCCUGCGGCGGUCACCGUUCCUGUCAUGACGAAUGCCUGAUGAGCAGAAAAAAUAAAACGGAGAAAGUG